AUCACCCCUUCCCGCUCAGACCCCAGCGUCAGGCGGUGACACCAGCGCGGCACGCCACCCUAUAAAAGGAUGCUAUAAGAAGGGUCCGGGUCCCACGCUCCUUACGAAUGCAGCGCGAGCCCAUAGAGUCCAGAAAACAACUGGCCACGGUCACUGAGAAAUAAAUCCACUGGCCGGCUAACCCCGAGGGCUCGAGGGCAGCCCUCGGGGCUCAGACUUCGGCCGCCUACACUAGGGAGGAAAGUGAAGCGGAUCAGCCUUGCAGACCACAAGUAGGCGUUCUCCUUCCUCCUGGCAGAUUCAGCUUGCCCGCCAGCGCACAGCGCUCGGCCGGUCACAGCAUGACCCUCUGGGACGGCGAGCUACCCUUCUACCCCGGGUCCCGGCUUGCCGCCGGCUUCAGCGUCCCGCUGCUCAUCGUCAUUCUGGUGUUCCUAGCCUUGGCCACCAGCUUCCUGGCCAUCUUGCCUGGGAUCCGCGGCCGCUCGCGCUGGUUCUGGCUGGUGAGAAUUAUUCUCAGUCUGUUCAUCGGAGCUGAAAUUGUGGCCGUGCACUUCAGCGCUGAAUGGUUCGUGGGUAGGGUCAGCGCCUCCACGUCCUACAAGGCCUUCAGUGCAGCGCGUGUCAGGGCCAGUGUCGGUCUGCAAGUGGGCCUGGAGGGCAUUAAUAUUACACUCACAGGGACCCCAGUGCAGCAGCUGAACGAGACCAUUGACUACAACGAGCAGUUCAGCUGGCGUCUGGGCAAGAACUACGCCGAGGAGUACGCGUACGCACUAGUGAAGGGGCUGCCGGACCCGGUACUCUACGUGGCGGAGAAGUUCUCGCCCAGCAGCCCCUGCAGACUCCACCACCGCUACCGCCUGGCGGGACACUACGCCUCGGCCCUGCUGUGGGUGGCGUUUUGCCUCUGGCUCCUCUCCAACGCGCUGCUCUCUAUGCCGGUGCCUCUCUACGGAGGCCUGGCGCUGCUGACCACCGGCGCCUUCACGCUCUUCGCCGUCUUCACCUUCGCCUCCAUCUCCAGCGUGCCCUUCUGCCCGCUCCGCCUCGGCUCCGCUACGCUCACCGCUCACUAUGGCGCCGCCUUUUGGGUCACACUAGCCACCGGCAUCCUGUGUCUCCUCCUCGGAGGGGCCGUGGUCGGUCUCCACUACGCGCGGCCCGGCGCUCUUCGCAUCUUCCUGGACCGAAGCGACAAAGACCCUGAAGGCCAGGCGAAAGGGGGCUCGCCGCUCAUCCUCAGCAAGCCAAACUUACAGACCACCACUCGCCUGUGAAGGGGACGCAAGCCCGGACUCCGGUCCCGCCUCAGGCCAUGACUGCCAGGAAGCAGCGCCCUCUGGGCCCGGACCUUGAGAACUCGGAGAGGCGCCCAGCGCUGUGGGUGCCUGCGGGAAGGGCAGGCAGCCUCGGACCUGGGACACCGCCGCAAGCCCCCGGGAAAGAGCCUCCCAGGAUGAGCUGUAAAUAAACUUUUUUCUUUUUUUUUUUAAUUUUUUUCCCCUUGAUUUCCAUGGCUUCUCCAGGCUCUUGGGGACGCGCUCUCCGGCGGUUUCGCUGGGAGAGCCUAGGACACUCUUUUCCUUUGCCUUUCUGCAAAGCCGGAGGGAAAGGGUUUUCUGGGUUAGGAGAAUCCGGCGUAAUCCAGGAACUGCUCUGGGACGGGGCGCCCUCUAGUGGGGGACCCUAGGGGUACGACCGGAGCUGACGCUCACUCUCCCCGCUGAGGGUCGGACUGGGGAGGAAUUGAGUUUUGAAGUUUAUUCAGGAACUCCUCACACUUGGCUCCUUUUGCGGUGGUGUGUAAGGGCCUAGGCAGAUGUCAGCAAGGCAUAAAAAUGUAAAUCCUGGAGUUUUUUAGAUCCUUGGCAAGGGUUACAAUCUUAUUUGGCAAAUCCCGAAAGUGAGCUCAGAGAGAAGGUGGCACAGCUGGUUAACGUUUGACCUGGGAGGAGAAGUUAGGUCUCUUGACACGGUGCUGUCUUUCAUUGCACCUAGAGGUCACACCAGGCAUAGAAAUAAAGGAAGAACAAAACAGGCCCAGGAAAAAGGGAAACAGGGUGUAGAGGGAUGAGAAGGACCAAAGGAAAAUCACACUGUAACCCCCCUACACACAUACCUUAUGUGGGUGAAGCUGGGCUUCAGUGAAUGUCAAGGGCACUCAAAGAGGCACAGCAUCAAGAAAAGGUAGGCUUGCUGUGUGCAAGAAGCUUGGGCAGCUCCCUGCCUGGUCCUGACCAUGCAACAGGGUUAUGUGCUUCCUGAAUGUCUGUACAGCACCUCGGGGCUUUUUUUCUUUUAUAGCAUCAGUGCAUGAAGCCCCCUCUUUCUACCCACCUACAGAUUGGAGCUGGGUGCCUGAUACACCCACUUGUGGGUGGCUCUGGUGCUUUUCUGGGGCUCCAAAGAGGAAAACCUGGUGGUGUAGUGGUUAAGAGCUACAGCUGCUAAGCAAGAGGUUGGCAGUUUGAAUCCACCAGGCGUUCCUUGGAAACUAUGGGGCGGUUCUACCCUGUCCUAUAGACUUGCUACGAGUCAGAAUCAACUGGAUGCCAAAGGGUUUCAUCUUUUUUGGGGGGCGGGUAAUGAGGUCUGGAGCCCAGUCAGAAGUCCAGGUGGCUAUCAGAAGAAUGUCAUAGGGCACAGUCAGGCUCCUUAGAGUGCUCCUCCUCACAGCACGCCUCAGAGGAAGCCCGUGACAGGGGGAUGUCCUGGGUCCUGGAACUCUCAGCCAUGGAUCGGUAGCGGGGGCUCAGGAGUCCCCCUUCCUCAGGACUCCACUCCAGCACUGGAUCCUCAUCUGCACUCUGGUUGAAGAAAGCCUUUAGCCUGUGGGGCCGCAUCCUGUGGGCCACAGCCAUGGCCAGGCCCAGCAACACACACAGCAGUCCUGGGGACAAGGGCAACAGGUGUCCUGCCUUAGCACCAGUAAUCCUGUCCCAAGGAUAUCUUCUCCUAGGAGCAGCUGAACAACUAAGGAAGACCUAGUGUCCUUGCUUCUCAGGCUCAGAGAGGUGACUGGCUUGGGGCCAUACAGCUGGUUCGGCUCUGUUGUUUUGACUUUCUGGACUCCAAGCUCGGUACUCUUUCAGUUACAUCCUGACAGAGAAUGAGCUCUGAGAACAGAGCACAGAGGAGGAAGCACAGAGAAGGCUACAGGGUGGGGUGGGGGGACAGACCUAG